CCACACCUGAUACUGAAGAUUAUCACAAAAUGCAAGUUUGCUCUUUGGUCCUGUCAGGUCCCCGGGGAAAUACCCUGCACCAGAGCAGCUGCCCGGCCCUGUUAUGUUUUCCUACCAGGGCAGAGGGAGGCCCCGGAAAAAUUGGACCCAUGCAACGGGACUGCCAACCAUGAUUCCGGUGACCCAUCCACCCAUCAUCCAUGGAUCACAUGGAGGCUCCCCAGAUGACCCGGAUGAUGAGGAAAACAGACCUUUUAAGUGUAAUCUCUGUGGCAAAGGGUUCAAACUCAAAGGAGGACUCAUGCAGCAUGAAAGAACUCACAGCACUGACCGGCCAUACGUAUGUCCCGACUGUGGGAAGCUCUUCCGGCAGCCUACUCACUUGCAGCAGCAUUUAAGGAUUCAUACUGGAGAGAAACCAUAUGAAUGUGCAUUUUGUGAUAAAUCAUUUAGACAGAGAACAAUAUUAAAUCAGCAUCUCAGGAUACAUACGGGAGAAAAACCAUAUGCAUGUAUGGAGUGUGGCAAGCAAUUUCGACAAAAGGCAAUACUAGAUCAGCAUUUUAGAACACAUCUAGGCGAGAAGCCUUAUGCUUGUCCACAUCCAUCUUGCAGAAAACAUUUUAGAGAGAUGGCGACUCUCAUUUCUCAUAUGAAGUGCCAUAAAGAUGUGCCUGAUCCCAGGAUUGUUCUUCAACAGGCAAAACAGUUGAUUAAAGAGGAGCGCCAAGAUAAUCCACCUUUAAGUCGUGAACAUGGGGAGGGCCCAGAUAGAGGGCUUGGCCAAGACAGAAUAGGACAGGAAGGGGGAGUAGGACAGGACAGGUUAGGGCAAGAUCUGGGGAUGGGACCAAAUAGGGUAGGGCAGGACAAUGUCAAUCAGAGAGAAAGUGGGAGUGGGAGUUCUGAACAAGGAGGGUACCAAAACAGCGGAGAUCAAAUCAGGCACGGCCACAGACCCUUUCCUCCGCCAAAUUCCUCAGAUUCCAAUGUAGCUCAGAAAUCUCCGCAUCCCCUGUCACAGCAUUCUGGAGGGGACCAGUCAAGUGAGAAUUCCUCUGGACCGCCACAGCAAGCACACUCGCAGUCAUUAACAACUAACAUGAUGCCAACUCCUCCACAGAUGGCCAUGGCGAACCUGAUUCCCUAUCCCCACUCAAUUUUUCCAGCCACUUCUUACAUGAUGCCGCAGCCUGACCCAAGACAAUACCACCCACAAUCACAACAACAACAUCGACCUAAUCAGUAAAUUUGCUGACCAUAUUCUUGAGACAUAUUAGGGCUUAAUGGGCAUAAAAUUAUUUUUGUUUAUUUCAUAUUUGAAAUUUUUCUUCUUUUUUUUUUAUCAAAAUAAUUUGAAUAAUAUCAUACAAUGGGAUUUAGAACUAUGCAAGCAAUCUUUACAACUAACAAAUGAAAACAAAAUUUGGGCUGGGGAUACAUACAAACACAUACCUGAAUUUUUUCCCGGUGAUUCUGAUUAUCAGAGAGAAAUGAAAGUUGUAUCUGUACAAUUCUUACAUAUUUCCUGUGAACUAAGAAGAAACAAGACUAGAAAAUUAUAUUCAUGAUGGAAUUAAAAGGUUACAGUUCCUAAUUAUUGGAAGCACAGAAAUAACCUCAGAGGUGGAGGAACAGAAGGUAUUGUAUUACAACUACUAGAUUUAACAUCUAAGGAGAAAACAGUCAUUAGGUAGGGGUGCUGUGUCUAGUUUUGUAGAUUGUAGUGUUUUGUCAUGAUGGUUAUGCCAUUGUGAUGAGCCUUUUUUUUUUGUCUCAUUUAUUUUGUUAUGAAGGUACAGGAGUGUCCUAAGGCAUAAAUUGAUAUAUGUAUAAGAAUUCAAUGUGUGUAGUUACUUAGUCUUUCUUACAUGACAGUUGUUACUGAUGAAUGUCAGUACAUAGCAUUCUUUGUAAAGUGUUUUACAAACUACUUUUUUUUCCCCCUGAAAUAUGUCAUCCAGGCGAGAUUAGAGUGAAGUAUUAUAUGUACUUAAUAUGCAUAUGAACUCGCAGCAUAGGUUUGGGUUUAGCUAAAAUGGCAAAAUGCAGAUUUUAAUUGUAAAAAGGAAAAAAAAAAAGUGACCAUUUUUAAGAACCAGUGACAAGUUUUGAUUUUAAAACAAGUCUGCAUUGUUGCUGUCUCUGUGGCUUGCCCAUAAUCUUAUAGAUGUUAUGAGAAGGUAAAGGGUGCUUUGGUGGGCAUUCACAUUGUUGUAAAUAUUAACUUAACGAGCAUGCCAUGGCCCAGCAGCAGUCUUUUUAUAGUGCAAAGCAGAGCAUCUGUUUCUUGACUUUGUAACAAGUAGACAGUGUAUUAGUUUAAUUAUAUUGUUUUGUCACAAGUUGAGUUAACUUGGAUAAUUUAUGUAGAUACUUGAACUUUUUUUAAUCUAUAUACAGUAUUUUUUCAUUGAAAAUCAUUCAGUGAAUGUUUGUUGUUUAUAAGUUUGCUUAAUAUAUUAAGUUAUAGUGUAUUUUAAUAUCUAAAGAUCUCAAUUUUCAGAUUGCUGAAUUGAUUAAAGAACAGUAUAAAACAAGUUAUUAUUAUUAACCUUAAUGUAAAUAUUUUUCUUGCCUUUACAUGCUAAUACUGUAUGUUCUUCCAACAGCUUUUAAUGGCUUGCUUUAAGAGAUAAAAUGUUUUUCUUUAAAUAUAACACAUUGCAUUGUUAUAUAAUGUCAGCAUAUGGAAGACUUAAACAAUUCACUUGUUUUUAUUAGCCCAGUGCCACUGGGGAUGGCAUGUAUGUACAUGCCAUGCCCACUGUGAGACGACUUGUUUGAUUGUUUUUACACAUAGAUGGCUACACAUGUACUGAGUCACCAUUGAGAAAAUUACGAGAACUGCCUGUCUCGCCCGUUCACCCUUUUCAUCGAUUUACGAAAAUAUUUAACGUUAUCCUAAUUUGCUGUUAAUAAUAAUACCAUCUAUAUUUAUAGCACUAGUAAGAAUACGUUUUUUCCCGCCAAUUUAAGGAAAGGUGAAAUCAGGACUAGCAGAGCCAUCUAUGUACAGAGAUAUUUUACAAAAAUAUAAAAAAUGAGUACAGUAUUUUCCCCAUUUUUUGUUCAUUUUCCCCGGUGGCAAUGGGUUAAACUGAAGCCUGAGGAUACAAUUUUUCUUCAGAGCUUUUCAUUUUAAAGCAAAUUUUCAGAUGCUUUAGCAAAUCUAUAGGUAAGUAACCCAUUAUAAACAUUUGCAGAUUAAUGACACCAAUCCCUUACUUUUUUUUUUCAUCACAGUACACACUUUUCUUGUAUUAUCGUAUAGCUAUUUGUCACAACCACACAACCAGGCACCAGGCAAAUAUAUUUGGCAUGGCAGAAUGGAUGAGUGGCCAGACAUAACUAGCAGUUGGUAAUCCGAGUGCCAUUCAGCCAUUGUCUAUUGAUUUUGCUUUAUGGACUUUACACUACUACCUGCCAGGCAUGCCCAAAUGUCGAGACAAGGCUUUAGCCAGCUAUCUUCCUUUUCUUUUGGUUUGACCAACAAAAAGUAAUUUUCUAAUUAAUAUGUCAUAUUCAGUCCUUUAAUAGUUUAAGCCUGUCCCAAGUACAAACAGUUAAAUGAGGAAAAAAGUCAUACUUAUGCAGUCUGCUAAUAAAGAGUCACAUAAUCUAGUCACAGAAAAUACUUAAGUGUGAAUGUUAUUGUAUAUAGUAAUGGACUACUGCAUGUUACGGAGACCAAUGUUUUUCUUAUUGGCAAUUGAUACCAACUAUGCCUAUCAUUUCACUGUUAAUGUGUGAUAUAUAUGCCGUUACUAUAUUAACAUAUACUAUUACUAUUGGCAGAGUUUUCUCUUAAGUAUACAAAUAUGCUAAAGUUCAAAGACAAAGUUCAGGCUGUAAUGGAAAUUUUUCAAAGAUGUUUAAUUGAACAACCUUAAUUCUCCAAAUUUUUUUCUCUUUACAGAAGGACAUUCACUUCCCAGUUUACUGUUCAAGGUUGAUGCUAGUACACUUGUCAUAUGUUUUAAAUACAAAGUUCCAUACGGUACUUUCAUGACCAAAAGUUUCUGAACCCUCUCCUCCUCUGUCCAGGGUAGCCCAGGAAUUUUUCUACCAACCUGAGUGUGGUAGUUUAGGAUGGCUGAACAUGCAAAUAGCUGCUUAAUUGACUUCUUGUUUCAAGACUGCAAGUGUAUGAUAUAAAACACCUGGAACGUUAAAAAAUAUAUUAAUGCUGCCACCUUAACAUUUACUAUCAGUUACAUAAACCAAAGUUCCAUUUAUGAAGUGACAAUGAGGUAGUAAAUUCAUAUGGUAUAGUGAAUGCACUGUGAGCUUGAUCUCACUAGACUACCCCUCUUCACAGACCCUUCCUUGCCAACCAUCCAACCUCAUAUAAUCCAUUGUACAGACUGGUGUGAGGGGCAAGAGAGGAAGGGGUUCUACAACUUUGGAUCAUGAUACGACAGCCAUAUUUUAUAUUUUGGGUCCAAGUCGUUCUCAGAAAACUCGUCUCAAGAGGAAUACGAUAUGAAUGAGACCAGAUAAUGAUGAUGAUGACAAUAAUAAUAAUUAUAAUAAAAAAAGGAGUAACAUUAUAAGUUAAACUUUUUAAAAAUAGCUACUACAGAUCUUCUAUGGGACUGUUUCUUAGUACAUUACAGUGGAAGCCAUUUUGUUACGUACAAAUCACAGAUGCUAGCUCCACAUUAAUCUGACUGAACCAAUAUGGAAUUCAUGAUUAGUUUCAUGAGAAAUGAAAGUAGCAGUUGUCAUCUUAGUUUUCUCCUUUCUCUGUUGCUGUGAUGCAUGUUCCUUUGGCUUUAGCAAACAAAAUUGUAUGUUUUAUAAAAAAAAUCUAAAUAUCAGCUACUUCUCACAUAAAGAAUAUAUUAAAAAAAAAAAAAAAAAAAAAAAAAAA